AAGUCUUUCAACAGAAGUUGAGACUUUCAAACAUUCGUGCACGCGCAAUAUUGUGCAGCAUUAGAAAUUUCAUAGAUGGAAAUAAAAUUUUUCAACAAAAGUUUUUAAAUACGAUGCUCGAAAAAGCGAUGAAAGAACAUGCAUCACUAGAUGUAAUACAAAAUGCAAUGGGUGUGAUGGGCCCAUGGCAUAUUGUUAUUGCUGUGGCAUUGUCUCUUGUAAAAUUUCCGGUUGCUUGGCAUCAACUUUCUAUUAUAUUUCUUGCACCUCCGACUAAUUUUUCAUGUGCUGCACCAAUAUCAAAAACUAAUGAAUCUACAAUAAUGAAAUGUUAUGUAGAUAUAGGAAAUGGUACUAUGGAAAAAUGUACAAUUUUUAAAUAUGACAAGCGUAUAUUUAAAGAGAGCAUUAUAACUCAAUGGGAUUUAGUUUGUGAUAGAGAACAAUUGACAAAUGUUAUACAGUCUUGUAUAAUGUUUGGAGUACUUAUUGGUAAUUUAGUUUUUAGUAUAAUGGCUGAUCGAAUAGGUAGAAAAAAACCUUUGAUGAUUGCUAUAGGAUUACAAUCAUUAACAGGAUUUAUAAGUGCAUUUAUCCCAUGGUUUGAAUUAUUUGUGAUAUUUAAAUUCAUUUCUGCUAUAGCUACAGGUGGUACUAUGCUUGUCAGUUUUGUUUUACUUAUGGAGAUUGUAGGAAUAGAAUGGCGUUCCAUUAUGUCAGUUCUCUUUCAUGUACCAUUUUUAUUAGGUCAUUUAAUGAAUCCUUUAAUUUCAUAUUUAACACGUACAUGGGAUGGUUUUCAAAUGGCAGUUUCUAUACCAUCACUUUUUUUAUUAUCGUAUUAUUGGAUUAUACCUGAAUCACCAAGAUGGUUAUUUGCUGUUGGGAAGUUAUCAAAAGCAGAACAAAUUUUAAUUAAAGCAGCUGGUAGAAAUAAAAUACCAAUAGAGAAUGUUAAAACAGCAAUUGAAACAUAUGAAUGUAAUAUAGGAAUUUAUCAUAAACAAAAUGAAAAAAAAUAUAAUAUUACACAUUUAUUUAGAACUCCAAAUUUAAGAUUAAAAACUAUUUUUAUAUGUAUUAAUUGGUUUAUAUGUGGUAGUUGUUUCUUUGGAUUAACACAAUAUAUGGGUUAUAUUGAUGGUAAUAUUUUUAUAAAUGUUGCUGUAUCAGCUGCUAUUGAAUUACCUGGAACUAUAUUAGUUUUAUUUUUAAUAUCACGUGUAUCACGUUUAAAAAUUUUAAUAUGUGCAAAUCUUCUAUCUGCUGCAAGUUUGCUUUUGUUAAUUAUAAUGUCAAAUUCACGUUUUACGAUAAUUUUAACUAUAUUAGGUCUUGCGGGAAUGUCACUCAGUUUUCCAACUGUAUACCUAUAUAGUAGUGAAGUAUUUCCAACUGUAAUCAGAAAUAUUGGUAUUGGUCUAGGAAGUGUUUGUGCAAGGACUGGAAGCAUGAUUGCACCAUAUAUCGCUACAAUGGGAAAAAUUAAAUCUUGGUUACCACCAUUAAUAUUUGGAAGUGGACUAUUAUUUGGUGCUUUUUUAUGUUUCUUUUUACCAGAAACAAUGAACUGUGAAUUACCAGAAACUAUUGAAGAUAGUGAAAAUUUUGGAAAAAAACGAAGUGGAAAAAAUGCAAUAAAAUAAUAUUUAUUUAAAACUCAUAAGAAAAGCAAUAGAAUAACGAAACAAAUCCUGUGUAAUUGAUAUAUGUAAAAUAAAAAUUUUUUGAUACAUAUGUAUAUAAAA